AUGGAAAUUACAAUUUAUGAGGAAGGCGAAUCCAGCCGCUUCAAUUACCCGGAGCCGAUACGUGAGUUCACCGAGGUGGAACGGAACAACUUAAAGAAGCAGGUAACGAUAUAUGCGGGGGAAGCCGAAAAGCUAAAAGAAGAAGCCCAACGUGGAAGCACUAGCUGCAUCUACAGAGUCCUCCCGCAGCUCAAGGAAAGCAAUGGUGACUCGUUAUACGAACCCAACAAGGUCUCCAUCGGGCCCUACUACUACAAACUUCGUAAUGAAAAGUUCAAGAUGGCCGAAGAUUGCAAGAAGAAGUGCUUCGGCUCCUGGCUGGUCAAGAACAGAGAUCAAGACAUGCAAAUCAAUACCUAUAUGAGUUGCUUGCAAAGAAUAAGCAAACUUGAAGUGAAGAUUAGAAAGUGUUAUUCUGAAGAGUUCGAAGUCGCCGGUAUUGAAUUUCUCGAAAUGAUGGUUGUUGAUGCUUGUUUUAUAAUAGAAAUAAUUGAAAUGUUUGGAUUUGGGAAAAAAUUCUACAACAGAGAAUCUGAUCUUGGAGCCUUGGCGUGGAUGGUACCGUAUUUCUACAGGGACUUUCUCCUGCUUGAGAAUCAGAUCCCUUUUUUCGUUCUGGAAGAGAUAUAUGCGCUUACCCAUAAUAUUUCUGUCAAGGAAAGUACAUUGACUUUGCAGGUGGCUGCUGUGGAAUUCUUUGCUAAAGGAAUGAAAAGAUUCUAUUUCACGCGAUGGGACAACCAUGAAAUGGAUGGGGUCCUGGUCUCGCAUUUGCUGGACUUGGUUCGGAGGAGUUUAAUACCAUCCAAUAUCGGACAGGGUUUAAUACCAUCCAAUAUCGUACGGGAAGAAAUAGUCAUGUUGGGUCGUCCAUUCAUUCACUGCAUCUCGAAGCUGCAGCUGGCUGGGAUUAAGGUCAGUCUGGUCAUGGCGGACAGCAGCUUCCUAGGAGUGAAAUUCAAGAAAGGUGUGAUUGAGAUGCCGAACAUAGCCAUCGACGACUUGACGAGAUGUCUGUUGCUGAACUGUGUGGCAUUCGAGCAGUGCCAAUUUGUACCGAUAAGCCGCAGGUACUUUUCAGUUUACGCUACCUUUUUGGACUGCCUUGUGAACACCAAGGAGGACGUCGAGUACCUUCGCGAGCGCAAUGUCAUUGACAAUUACCUUACUGACGACUCCGAGCUUGCGGGCUUCAUUAACCGUGUGGGUAAGGAUUUGGUACUCGAUUAUGACGACUUUUACAUGGUGCAAUUGUUCGAGGAUGUGGACAGGCAUUAUCGGAAUAGGUGGAAGUGGAAGUGGGCGAGCUUCGAGCGGGAGUAUUUUGACAAGCCGUGGUUGCUUCUGUCGGCGGCGGGUGGCAUUUUGCUAGUAGUGGCCACGUCAGUCCAGGCCGUAAUGGCCUUCUUAACUUACAAGUAA